CCGGCCACAAAACAACCGUGAGUGUCUAACUCACCGUCCUUUAACAAUUUUAAAAAAUAAAAAAAUAUAUAAAAAAUAUAAAAUAUACAAAAUCUUAAUAAAAACAAGUACCGAAAUAUUCGAAAUAAAAAAAUAUUUAAAAAAAAAAAUGCAAAAUAUUAUUUUUUGUUAACAGGAGGCCUCGGGCUUAACCCGACGUUAAGGACAAAUCGAUUCAUCAGGAGAAAACUGGGAUAUUUAUUAUUCUGGUUGAGCCUUCUCUCGUCAGCGAGUAGAUAAACUUCUUUUAAGUCACAUUCUGGUGGCAUAUAGAGCGUAUUUUCUACUCACAAACUACGCAAAGAGAAACAUUCUUAAAAAGAAUUCAGUUUAUAGCGUGAGUGAAUACUUUUUUACAUUUUCUGCACUCCAAGAAAUGAACACAGCGACUGCGGGGAGUUAUCCAAUGGCUUCUCUUUAUGUUGGCGAUCUGCACCCUGAUAUCACCGAGGCUAUGCUGUAUGAGAAAUUCAGCCCAGCUGGACCAGUGCUAUCUAUUCGAGUAUGUCGUGAUAUGAUCACCCGACGGUCUCUGGGUUAUGCCUAUGUGAAUUUCUCGCAACCCACGGACGCCGAGAGAGCUCUGGACACUAUGAACUUUGAUGUAGUGAAAGGGAAGCCAAUCCGAAUCAUGUGGUCACAGAGAGACCCCUCCCUCAGGAAGUCUGGGGUGGGCAAUGUGUUCAUCAAGAACCUGGACAAGACCAUCGACAACAAGGCCCUCUAUGACACCUUUUCUGCCUUUGGGAACAUUCUGUCGUGCAAAGUAGUGUGUGAUGAGAAUGGAUCCAAGGGGUACGCGUUUGUGCACUUUGAGACGCAGGAUGCAGCCGACCGCGCCAUCGAGAAGAUGAACGGCAUGCUGCUGAACGACCGCAAGGUGUUUGUUGGACGUUUCAAGUCUCGGAAGGAGAGGGAGGCAGAACUGGGGGCCAAAGCAAAGGAGUUCACCAACGUCUACAUCAAGAACUUUGGAGAUGACAUGAAUGAUGAAAAGCUGAAGGAAAUGUUUGACCAAUACGGUAAAACCCUCAGUGUGAAGGUUAUGACUGACCCCAGUGGCAAAUCCAGAGGUUUCGGCUUUGUGAGUUACGAGAAACACGAGGAUGCCAACAAGGCUUGUGAGGAGAUGAACGGCCAAGAGUUCAAUGGGAAGACUGUGUUUGUGGGGCGCGCUCAGAAGAAGAUGGAACGGCAAGCGGAGCUGAAGAGGAAGUUUGAAAUGCUGAAACAAGAGCGGAUCAGCCGUUAUCAGGGCGUUAACCUCUACAUCAAGAACUUGGACGACACUAUCGAUGACGAGAAACUUCGCAAGGAGUUCACCCCUUUCGGGUCCAUCACCAGUGCCAAGGUGAUGCUGGAGGAGGGACGGUCUAAGGGCUUUGGGUUUGUCUGCUUCUCCUCUCCAGAGGAGGCCACCAAGGCCGUGACUGAGAUGAACGGGCGCAUUGUUGGCUCCAAGCCCCUCUACGUGGCCCUGGCUCAGCGCAAAGAAGAGCGCAAGGCCCACCUCACCAACCAGUACAUGCAGCGCAUCGCUGGCAUGAGGGCCAUGCCGGCCAACGCCAUCAUCAACCAGUUUCAGCCCGCCAGUGGGUACUUCAUGCCGACGGUGCCACAGGCCCAGAACAGGACCACCUACUAUGCACCAAAUCAGCUGGCCCAGAUGAGGCCCAACCCACGCUGGCAGCAGCAGGGGGGCAGAGGUCAAGGUGGGUUUCAGGGCAUGGCCAACUCCCUGCGCCAGCCCGGUCCACGUGCCAACCUCAGACACAUGACUCCCAACGCCAGCACCCAGGGACCUCGAGGCAUGGGCCCAGCUGGAGCACAGAGAGUUGGAGGUGCUGGCCAAGCCAUGGGUCCUCGUCCAUCCAUGGGUGUCCCUUCCCCUCGGGCCAUACCCCCGUACAAGUACGCCACCAGCGUUCGCAGCGCCAAUCCGCAGGUGGUGCAGCCCAUCGCCUUACAGCAGGCUCAGCCAGCUGUGCACGUGCAGGGUCAAGAGCCUCUAACAGCCUCUAUGCUGGCCGCUGCGCCGCCCCAGGAGCAGAAACAGAUGCUGGGGGAACGCCUGUUCCCCCUGAUCCAGGCUAUGCAUCCUAGCUUGGCGGGCAAGAUCACUGGGAUGCUGCUGGAGAUUGACAACUCGGAGCUGCUGCACAUGCUGGAGUCCCAUGAAUCCCUGCGCUCCAAGGUGGAGGAGGCUGUAGCCGUGCUCCAGGCCCACCAGGCGAAGAAGGAUGCCACACAGAAAGUGGGAGCCGUCACUGCUACGCCUGCCACUGCUACCUCCUGAAGGCCGCUUACAAAUUAUUUCUUCAUUAACAUAUGAGGGAAAUAUGAACCAUGAUAUCACUUGAGCUUUGUCCCAGUACUGAUGAUUUGGACAAAAUACAUUAAAGGUGUAUAGGUUUGCAAAUGGAGUGUUGGACUUGUUCAUAUUUUGUAUUUCUCAUGCGAUGCUUAUUCUUUCUCCUAGGACACAAACAACUGAGAAAAGACGGGGAGAGAUUAAUAGAUUGUCUUCAACGGCCUUAGUCAUCUCUACUAAAUCCUAUGCACAAAUAUAAAACAAGCUUAAAAAAAAGUAAAAAAUGCAUAUUUCUAAAACAAUAUUAAAGAAAUAUUACAGUACUUCAUUUUUUAGUUCUGUAAUAAUUUUAAAGUAAUUGCCCAGUGAAAACCUCACAUUUAUACCCAAAUAAUGUUGUUGAUUAUGACGUAUUGGUUGCCAAUGCUUACAUUUAAAAAUGAAACCUUAAACCAUUUUAGAAAUGCUCAGGAGGAUGACCGCAAAAUCAUACUGGAAAAGGGUGAGCUGGCAAAUCAGCUGUAUAUUCAUAUUCAUAUUUUGUAUUAUUGCUAUAUACCCACAAAAUUCUGUUCUUCGGGCAAACGCAGACUUUUUAACAUACUCAAUUAAACAACUUGGGGGAGGUAAACUACUGUACUCAUAUUUAAUAUCCAUCUGAAAACACUGAGCAGUUACUUUAAACUAGACACUAGCAAAACAUUUACUGAGGGAUUUCUUCAAAUUUAAAAAGGCCCUUUAUUUUUUGUUAGGAAAAAUAUAUUUGCUCUAGUUCUUUGUUGGAAAGUUUUGUGUUUGAUAAUUAAAAACAUUGGAUUCUACCAUCCCAUCACAAUAUCGUGGGUGGUGUAGUAUAUGGUAUACUCAAUAAAGGGAUGAUUAUAUCAAGUUUA